AUGACAGACUCAAGCAAAGGUUCCACUCGACUACAGACCUUAGUUGAACUAGCCACUCAGAAAUGUAUUCAAAACAUAUACAAAUUAAACGAUGUCGGAUCCACACCAUUUCACUUAUUGAGCCCGGUUUUGGAACGUAUGAACGCAAAACAGCUUUCAACGAUAGAAACCUGUAGCCCUCAUCUCAUCCCUCUAUCAGAUACCUUGUGGCCGAACUUGAUAGAGAAAGAUUUCCCAGACAGACCCAUUUACAGUAAAAGGCGACCAGUACCAAUACGGCCGUCAAUAAGACAUACCAAGGGCGAUCUUUUUGAUGAGAGAAUGCCGAACCGAUCACUCUACUAUCAGUACAGUCAGGAGCGAGAUGCCUUCAGAAAUGAUCUGGCGAAGAGACUCAGAAGAAUCACCGAGAGGUUGAAGCAAGAGAAAGAGGCGAAGGCUAUAGUGGCUGUGCCGACUUUGCUAAGAGAUCCAACUGUAAACAGCAGAAAAAGGAUGUACAAUGGCACCUCCGUAGGGCGAAAUACUUCGUCUUACCAGCUGAACACAAUCAUUGGCAAGGCGAGAAGAGAAUUGAAGAACAGACUGAUUAUGUUCCAGGGAAAGAACCAGAACAGAUACGAUGCAUAUGCUGCAUUUAAGCAGCAACCACAGCUGCUGUCGCCGGUUGAACGUAGGCUCAGUAGAAAGCCUACUUCAUUCAAUACAGCUGAAACAAGGAGGCAGGUUCUUCUUCACAGGCCCACCGUAGAAGAUGUGAAAAGAAAAGAGGUAGAGAGCCUAUUCACGAGUCCACUGGAAAUACUUCCUAAUCAAAGUGAUGGUGCUACUUUCGAAGACAGCACAACUUCGGUUGAGACAGCAAGUUCAGAGACUAUACUACCUCCCAGAAAGCGAAGACCACCACCUUCGAUAUUCCUCUCCCGUAAACGGCCCCAGCUGAAACUGAGUCCAGUUAAGUCCAGACCUAAAGGAUCUACUUCUAGUACCGACUCUACAGCAUCCAAAGUUACUACAGAGGUGAGUGAGCCCUCUAAGAUACAGGCAAUCCGGUCCUCUAUCUUCAGUUAG